AUGACUAGUCAAUUCCCUAAAGGUGACUUUUACAUAAAGUCGGCUGCUUCACCUUCCAUCUCUAUCACCUCUAUUAAAAAUUUAGUAGUUGAUGUUAAAGAUGGAACAAAAGCUAUUGUCGCUCAUCAGAAAAGUGAAGAUGAUGGUUAUCAGCUUUGGUACUAUAAAAAUGGUUGCAUAAUUAAUAAAUUAUCAGCCUCAUGUCUGGAAGCUGAAUCGGUAUGUGCAGGAAGUCGUCUCCAUUUGAAAAGUCAUAUUCAGACUAAUAACCAGCGGUGGAUCAUUAGUAAUGAUGGGCAUAUUGCGUUACUAAAUAAGCCAAGGUUUGUGAUUGAGGUUAAAGGGGCUGUCGUGAAAGAUGGUUCAUAUGUUGUGCUUACUGAUACCGAAUCGAAAACCUAUAAGAGUGGUUUGUCCUCUCAAUUUAUUGUAUUGCCAAAAAAAUCCAGCGCAGCUAUCGGUGUGAUUAGAUUAGAGUUGAUAAAUGCUAAAGACUUGAAAGGCGCUGAUUCUUAUUUUGCUGGCGGAAAGUCUGACCCUUAUGUUAGAGUGUUUCAUGCUGAUAAUAAUAAAGACAUUAUCGCUCAAACUAAAGUCAUAGACAACGACUUGAAUCCAGUGUGGAAUGAAAUUCACUAUCUACCUGUUAAACAUAUUGGCGAAAAGUUUAUUUUAGAGGUGAUGGAUUUUAACACUUUCAUAAAAGAUAAACUGAUUGGAAAGUGCGAUUUAGAAAUUACUCGUGAGCUUGUCAGAGAAGUUUCAGAUGACGUUUAUGAAGGUACUCCAAAUGGUAUCGAUGUUCGGGUAGACCUUUCAAUUCAAGGUCAAAUUUAUUACAAAGCGAAAUUUUUCUCCUUAGAACCUCUUCCAAAACCUACUCAUGAUUUUAUUACCAAUCUUCAGGAGAAACCUUUCGAUCGUUCAACAUUUUACGUUCUUAUCACAUUACAAGCUUCAAAUGGUGGUUUUCCUCCUUCCGUUGCAUUAGCCAAUCUAUUUGGGUAUGAUUCUCAAGGAUCUCUUUUAAAAUUAUAUAAAAACCAAUGCCGUGAAAAGCGUAUUUUAAAGACUAAUCCUACUGUGAAGUCCACUAGUAUGAUAUUAUGGUUUUUACGUUUCUUAUUAAAGGAUUAUAGAAGUGAAUGGAGAGGUGUUUAUGAACGUGCUGAACAGUUCAUCAGUAAUGAAAUUAAAGAUUCAGAGAUCGAAAAAGCUGUAGUUGAUACCGGUAGAAAAGCUGUCCGUGAACGAUUUGAUAUUAAAAUUGAUCAUGACCCUAAAACUAAACGAAUUACUCGAGAAACUGUCUCAAACUUGCAUAUUAAACGUAUUCUUAAAUGUCAGCAAAAUAAUGGUGCAUAUCAUGUUACUGAUGAUCUUGCAAAAACUCUUGGUUAUGAAAACCUCGAUGAACUUUGUGUAGCAUUCACUGAAUAUAUAAAUAGUCAUUUUAAAUCACAAAAAAUAUCUCAAGUUAGUCUCCAAACCUGGAUGACAAUGCUUAUGCUUUAUUUCUAUCGUUACGUUGCCAUUGAUCAAAAGAGUGAGUGGUUCCCAACAUACGAAAAGUCUUAUGUAUGGACAUGGGCUCAAUUAAAGGGUAAUGAAUCUCUUGAGCAAGAGUGCGUUCAAAUAAUUAAAUCAUUUAUCAGAGAAUACCAUGAUGUAAAGGAUGAUGUUUUGGAAAUGGAUAGUAUCUUUGAAGAGGAAAUUGCUGAAAUGCUAGCCUCUUUUAAGCAUCCACAAAAAGAUCGAAAAAUUGGCAUUACACGUAUCGAAAUUAUUCGCGCAAAAAACCUUAAGCUGACCGAUUCGUGGUUGUCUGGUGGUAGUGCCGACCCAUACGUUAGGAUAACUAACAUUGCCACAAAUUUAGUUUACGGUGAUUCACGUGUUAUCUACAACAACUUCAAUCCCGUUUGGGAACAAGUGCUUUAUAUUCCAGUUUAUGAUGUCCAUGAAAAAUUCUAUUUACAGGUUUUCAACUAUAAUGCUUUCUUUGAAGAUACACUUUUGGGAUCUUAUAUUUUUGAUCUCAAGUCUAUAAUUAAAGAGCUUCCCAAUGGUUCUUUAGAAGGAAAACAAUUAAAACUUGAUGCUAAUCUCACUUAUAAAGGAAUCAACAGAGGCCAAAUAUCAUUUGUCGCAGACUUUUUUUCGCUUCCUGAAUCAGAUGAUUCAGAUGUUAUUAACCCAACUACUAUUUCGAUUCGACAUUUAUAUCUACUAGUGACUUAUCAAAGUCAAUAUGGGUACUUUGAACUUACCUGCUCGUUGGCAAGAUUAUUUAACUACCCUUCUAAAGAAGAGCUUUCUAAAGCCACAUUCGAUUUUGUGCGAAAGGAUAGUGUGGUUCGAAGUUUAGAUAACCAAAUUUGGGGUACAGUGCUUGUCACAUCCUUCCUCAAAGUAUUACUGUGGAGAGAGCGUCGUGAAUGGAUGAAUAUUUACAUAAGGGCUGAAAGAUGGUUGAGUGAAAAUGUAACCGAUGUUGAAGUCGAAGAGCGUCUUUAUAAUUAUUCAAACAAAUUCGUUAUUCAACGCUUUAAAGUUACUCAAUGGAUAGACGAGAAUCAACAAAGAAGUCUGGGAGUUCUCGUCAUAUCUAAGAAAUCAAUCAUUACCCGACGACAUGUUGAUAUUCGUGUUGUUCGACGGUUCAUCGCUUACCAGAAUGAAUUUGGUUUCUUCGAACUUACUAUUCAAUUGACUGAGGCUUUGGGUUUUAGCUCGGUUGAAGAAGCUAAAAAAUAUAUUGAACCUCAUUUCUCUUCCUACUCACCAAGAACUGAUCAAUUUGAAAUUAACGUUUGGAGUACUGCUAUUUUGAUUUGGUUUAUUAGAUAUGUAUUAGUUGAUUUCAGAAGUGAGUGGGCAGACGUAUACCAAAAAACAUACAAUUGGCUUUGCCAACAUGUGAAAAAUGAUGAAGUACGAGAAGAACUUCUUGAAACCGCUAGAACCUUUGUUAUUAAAAGGUUCGAGGUUGAUAAUGAUGCCAUAAGUGAAGACGAGUCUUUCAAGGAUUCUAUAGAAGCCAGUAAAAAGUACCGGGAUUGUGAGGUUGUUGGAAUAAUUAGGAUAUGUGUUAAAAGUGCUAAAAAUCUCCAAAUAUCAUCAGAUAGCUGGUUUACCGUUUCUGAUCCCGAUCCGUAUGUCAGCAUUAUGGAUUCUGCUGGAAUUGAAAUAGAUCGUACUCGUGUUGACCAUGGAACUAUUAAUCCAAAAUGGGAAGAAGUUCAUUUCGUUUCUGUUCAUGGUUUAGGUGAAAAAAUUUCCUUCAAAAUCUUCGAUGGAAAUCUUUUUGUAUCAGACAAACCUAUCGGUACCUAUGUCCUAGAUACUAAUACUUUAAUGAAAAAUGAAGAUCAUUCUAAACCUAUUAGUGAUUGGUUCCCACUCCAAUUUGGUAAAAAGCCAGUUGAAGGACAUUUAAACUUGGAAAUUCAAUUUAUCCCCACCAAAUUUACUGAAGGCGUGAACUUUGUUUUUACUCUGAAAUCCAUUAGACUUCAUCAUGUAUAUAUACUUAUCAGCUGGCGCAAAGCGAACGGAUUUUUUGAAUUUUCUGAUACAUUGGCACGUUUCUUUAAUUAUAAAUCAGUCAAGGAAUUGAAAGAAAGUUUUUGCAAGCAGAUAUUUUCAGACAAGGAACUUUCAAAAUAUAACUUGUCCAUAUUAUCAACAGCUCUUUCAAUUAUGUACUUCAAGGUUUUGUGUUGGAAACACUAUAAUGAAUGGAAACAAGUUAUCUCGAACAGUGAAAUGCGGCUCAGUAAAGAAAUUGACGACAUAGAAGCCGAAGUUCGAUUAUAUGAUUUGUGUAAAAACUUUAUUAUUGAGCGUUUUAAAGUCAAAAAUCUUGAAAAAGAGCAAUUAGAAAUAAUCUUACCCGUCAAACAAGCCAUUAUUACACGAAAGAAUAUGAAUGUCCGUUAUAUUCGUGCACUUACUGGUCAUCAAGAUGAUGAUGGAUGUGUUGUUCUAAAUAAAAAGGUCGCUGAUUACUAUGGCUUCAAAAGUGUUGAUGAAUUUUUACAACACCUACGAAAAUACUUUAAGACAGAGUGUGUCACUAAGCUUCAUCAUAACAUUUGGGUAACUGCAUGCACCGUUUGGUACCUACGUUUAGUUGCUGUUGAUCAUCGACAAGAAUGGAUCACUAAUUAUGAGAAAUUAUCCAAAUGGUUAACAAAACAAUGUAAUGAAGAUACUGCUUUUGAGUAUGAAGUCAUGGAAUGCGCCAAGAAAUUCAUUGUUUCAAGAUAUGAAGUUGAAAAUGAAGCUAUUGAAGCCGACAAGAGCUUUAUUGCAGCUAUUAAGACUAGAGAUAUUGCAAUGAAAGAAGAGAACGAAAGAGGAAGGCAGAAAAAAG